GAGGCAGACAGGGAGCGAAGAAGGAAGCGGAGAGACGAUACUAUAUCACCUACAAAACUAGAACUGCGAGUCUGUUAUUUCUGAGAGAAUAAUAUCAGAAAGGACAAUGGUCUAGGCAAGGUUUUUAGAGGGAAAUAGUGAAUGUAAUUCCAUUACAUUCGUCUAUUUGUGUGCGCAAGGUUUGCUUGGUUUUUCGUCUCGACACCCGUCUCCUCUUUGAGAGAUACGUUCCCAUGCGAUUCUUCAGACUAACCUUUAAGUGUUUCGUGGAUUGUUUUUGAAGGUGCUUUUUAAUUCGGUGUUUUUUUCUUUUACGAUCGUAUUCUACAUUUAUUUCCUGUUAUUUUGCAAAAUCGUAUUUUGAUAAACACCCCUGUUGCCAAUUGCGACAAGAAAUCUGACUGUCAUCGUCAAAGGUUUGACAUUGAAAAUCGAUAAAAGAGAGAAGUGCAUUCUAAAGAAUAACACUGCUGACUUGAUAUAGCCUUUAUUGUAAAGGCAAAGGACCAGAUCUGUUAAUCUUAAUAGGGCCAAGAGAAAAACAAAAGACAUCUUGGUGUCAGUAAAGGGAACUGACUCAAGAGAAAAGACAAAGAGGAAACAUAGAUUUGGGGUUAUUAGAAAUCCCUUAAUUUGACUGAUCUUUUUGCUGUUUUCCCCUUUGUCAGUCUUGUUAGGACGUUAAGAGCGCUUUGUUUACAAGUGUGCGACUGGGAUGGAGAAAACCUCUCUUAACGCAGAUUGUGGCGCAUUGAACGUAGUCCUGGUUGAGGAGAAAAAGGGUCAUCUAAUCCCUAACGGAAACCAUCAAGGUGUAAAUGGGAACCUUAUCGGAGGAACCGGCACAGCCGGAGGCGUCUCGGCGCCUGGAGCGAUGUCCACGGCCGAGAAGGUGUACCCAGAAAGAGAGACAUGGACAAGGCAGAUGGACUUCAUCAUGUCCUGUGUUGGAUUUGCCGUCGGCCUGGGGAAUGUUUGGCGUUUCCCUUACCUUUGCUACAAAAAUGGUGGUGGCGUGUUUCUCAUUCCCUACGUACUGUUUAUAUUUCUUGGGGGUAUUCCUAUAUUCUUCCUGGAGAUUUCUCUAGGACAGUUCAUGAAGGCAGGCAGUAUCAAUGUGUGGAACAUCGCACCACUCUUUAAAGGACUUGGAUAUGCUUCCAUGGUCAUAGUGUUUUUCUGUAACACAUACUACAUCAUGGUUCUGGCCUGGGGAUUCUAUUACCUCAUCAAGUCCUUCAGUGCCACACUGCCCUGGUCGACGUGUGACAACGAGUGGAACACCCCAAGCUGUAUCGAGAUCUUCCGCUGGGAGGACUGCCAGAACAGCAGCACGCCCAGCUCCAACUACGGGAACAUGACUUGUGAAGAAUUAGCGGAAGGACGCUCUCCUAUCAUCGAGUUUUGGGAGAACAAGGUACUGAAUAUCUCGGAAGGACUGGACGACGUGGGUACACUCAACUGGGAGCUCAUACUGUGUCUGCUAGCUGUCUGGGUCAUGGUCUACUUCUGUGUGUGGAAGGGGGUGAAGUCAACAGGGAAGAUCGUGUAUUUCACUGCCACUUUCCCUUACGUGGUCUUGAUUAUUCUGCUGGUGAGAGGAGUAACUUUACCCGGGGCUUAUGAUGGGAUCUUAUAUUAUGUUAAGCCUGACUGGUCCAAGCUAGGAGAGCCACAGGUAUGGAUCGAUGCUGGUACUCAGAUAUUUUUUUCUUACGCCAUUGGGCUUGGAGCCCUUACUGCUCUUGGCAGUUAUAACCGAUUCAACAACGACUGCUACAAGGAUGCCUUUGUCUUGGCUCUGAUAAACAGCGGCACCAGCUUCUUUGCUGGCUUCGUGGUCUUCUCCAUUCUGGGCUUCAUGGCGUCCGAGCAGGGCGUAGACAUCUCCAAAGUGGCUGAGUCAGGGCCUGGCCUGGCAUUCAUAGCGUACCCUAAAGCCGUGUCGCUGAUGCCCGUGGCACCCGUCUGGGCGGCUCUCUUCUUCUUCAUGCUGCUCCUGCUGGGCCUGGACAGUCAGUUUGUUGGAGUGGAAGGUUUUGUAACUGGCAUUCUUGACCUUUUCCCUGGAAAGUAUUACAUGGGCUACCGUCGAGAAAUCGCUGUGGCGAUCUGUUGUUUAUUGUGCUUCACUAUAGAUCUCUCCAUGGUUACACAGGGAGGGAUGUAUGUCUUCCAGCUUUUUGACUAUUAUUCAGCCAGUGGUAUGACCCUGUUGUGGCAGGCAUUCUGGGAAUGCGUGGUUGUCGCCUGGGUUUAUGGUGCUGACAGGUUCAUGGAUGACAUCGCCCGUAUGAUCGGUUACCGGCCUUUCCCUUGGAUGAAGUGGUGCUGGUCAUUUAUUACUCCAUGUGUUUGCAUGGGUAUAUUUCUGUUUCAUCUGCUGAACUACAAGCCUCUUACCUACAACAAUGUAUAUGUGUACCCGUGGUGGGGGGAAGUGAUUGGCUGGUGUCUGGCUCUCUCCUCUAUGCUCUGCAUUCCCGUUAGCCUGGUCUACAAGCUCGCCGGAGCCAAGGGAACCUUCCGAGAGCGUUGGGAACAUCUGACCAAACCGGUGUGGGGUGCCCAUCACCUGGAGUACAUGGCACCUGACACAGACAUCAAAAGCCUGGCCUCGCUGUCUCCAGGCACGGAGGAGAACAAAGUCAUCAUCUUCGAGAGCGUCAUGUAGGAUGGAUGUGCCCCUCCAAAGGCAAGCUGCUUACAGCCACUGCCUGCAUUUCACUGCACCUCAGCUGAUUCUGAACAAUGUGGAAACUGUCGAGUAGCAUGGUCUUGUUUAAUGCAAAGGGUUCAGAGGAAGGGCUUGGUUAGUCCAGCCUUCGCUACAUACCUGCCCGAAUUCCUUUGGUUCUCACUGGUAGUCUCUUUUUUACUAAAAUGAGUGCAUACAACAUGCACUGCACAAUUCUUCAUUUUUAGCACCAGGCUGUCAGCUUGUCAUUGGUAAGGGUUUGGGAGAGAGUGCUCAUCAUCCAGCAGGUGAUGACUACCUGCGCCUGGGUCAGGCAGGGCAGACAGCAGUCUAAGUGUAGCUUAUUCUCCUCACCUCUUCACCUCCUCACCUUCUGACCUUCUCACCUCCUCACCUCCUUGGGGCAGAAUUCCCACAGGCCACCUCACAGAGGCUGCCAAGUUCUCCAUUGCAGUAAUACUUGUAGAGAGUUCGGAGGAUAUUGCAAGGAGAUCUGUUGGCCUAUCCAGCUUAGUCUAAAGAUUCUUUAAUGACUAAUUAGUCAUAGAUGUAAUUGGGUUCACUGUAUUUAAAGGUAUGGGCAAAAAUUUAUUAUCUGUGAUAUGACCACAGAGGAUAUCAUCUUUACAUAUGCAGUAUUAGAAUAAAAAUGCAUUUAUGUCAGUUUAAGUGAACGAGAUUUCGCUAACCAUUAAAAUCGCAAAUAAUAGCUUUACUGCUUCCGUUUUUUUCAAUAGAUUAACCAUUACAGUGCAAAAACAGCUGUCGUGUCUAGUAAUGUAAAUGUUAAGUAUCAAAUCUGUAAGCAAGACAUCAGCACUGUAUACAAAACACAUUUUCAGUUUAAGCUGUGUGCCAAAUAGCAUGCUGUCUCUGUGUUUUUCAGAGAAAGGAUUCGGUUGCCAUAAACAAUCAAGGUUUUGUCUGCCUAGUUAAACUGAGUGUACUGUAUUAGCGAUGUGUUUUCUCAGUAGUGGCUUACUCUAUGGUAACAUCCUAAACUUUUGUCUUGUAGAUGUGUAAGACUGCUGUUCUGAAUUGGGGAAUUGACCUUUGUAACGGUGCCUGCGAAUCAAAAUGAUUGGAGCUUUUUUGUUUUAAUAUUAGAUGUUUGUACAUUUUUAAUCAGUUCAAAUAUUAGCUUUCUAAUAAUCAGUUCAAUCAGUUCAGGGUAUAGUGUAAGAUGCAUACAUUUACAUGCUUAUGUUGUUCUCGAUAAAAGAACUAUAUAGUUCUCAAGGACAUGUGAACAUUAUAGAGCAUUUCAAUUUGGAGCAUUUAAAACAUAGCCAGAUAUUAUAGAGUUUCAUGUAAGGUAUUUCAAUCAUAUUGAUGAAGGAUCACAGUUCCAGGGCUGUAGAGAACACUAGCAUUUUAAUGGAAGCAUUGCCAUAACAACAGAGUGCGGGGCCGUUUGAGAGUGCUGGGGGAGAAUGAUUACUGCAGAGUCAUCAGGCUAUAGAUCGACAGUUAUCAUCUACAGCGGAAGCUGAGCAGAGAUGCUUGGUUGCCAUACCCUUGUUUUUUAUUGCUUGUCUUAACCCGAGAGCCCCAUCAUCGAGCCAAGUGUAUAGCAGGCCUCCCAAUGAACUGGCCAUAUCAUAGCUGUGGGAAUUCUGCCCUUUACCCUUCACAGUAGAGAACAUGUACAGUAAGCCAUUCUAAUGUCACCAUAUGUAAAAAUUAGAUUCAAUAAUGUCAGACUUCUACAUUUGCACAUUGUUGUAAAAUAAUCUUGCUAGCACUUUUUAAUCGUGUUAGAGUAAGAUUUUGUUUUUUUAAUUUUGCAUAUUGUGAAUGAAAUCAGAGAUUUAUUUUGUGAAGGCAUUUAUUUUGCUGAUCCACAUCUCUCUCUCUCUCUCUCUCUCUCUCUCUCACACACACACACACACACACACACACACACACACACACACACACACACACACGCACGCACGCACACACAAUGGUCAAAAGUAUGUGGACCCAAUCACACCUAUAUGGGCUUUCUGGCUGUCCCAGAUCCACAGGCAACCUCCACCCACCUUUUUGACCUCCAAGCUUGGGGAGGCUUUCCACAAGAAUUAGGCUUUUGGAGUGUGUAGGAAUUUGUGCUUAUUCAGCCAAAAGCAUUUGUAAGGUCCGUCACUGGUGAAGGCAUGACUGGUCAUCAGUGUUCUAAUUCAUUCAAAAGGUGUUCAGUGGCGUUAAGGUCAGAGCUCUGUGUGGUUCUCCCAAAAACUCAUUGAACCAUCUUUAUGGGCCUCACCAAAUGCACAUACUUUUGGCCACAUUGUGUGCGUGUGUGUGUGUGUGUGUGUGUGUGUGUGUAUAUAUAUAUAUAUAUAUAUAUGUAUGUAUGUAUUAAAUAUCUGUGUGGUAUAUUUUGAAAGUUUGUGGCGGUAUGAAUUUUUGAUAAAGAUGAAACUAUUGAAAGGGAGUUACUAGUGAUAUGCUCCAGUGCUGUUGCAGAGAGGAAUUUGAGAGCACAUUGGAUUGAUUUUUAUUAUUAAUAUUAAGCGCUUGUGUGUAUGUUGUGUUUGUUAAAUUCCAGUAUUUGCAACUGACAACCCAGGAACCAGAUCAAGACUUCCCCUUUUACUGUUACUUCCCAUUCUUUGCAAAUGAUGCAGUUUAAUCAUGCCUACAGCGAAGAAGAAAAAUGACAUCUGUGUGUAAUUUUAUUAAAAACUAAAAUCUUUCUAUAUCUUCAACAUUAAAUUAGAUUUUCCAAGUGGCUCCUUAAGAACACUUUGUUUAGAUCCGGAGUUCUGCUUAAUCUUUUGAACAGGGUGCAUGAUUUCACUGCCUUCAGCUCCAUCUGCAUGCAAGGUUUACUCCGACGUGCCUCUUCCCAUUAUCAACAAAGCUAGCAACAGACUCUCGUGUGUGUGUGUGUGUGUGUGUGUGUGUGUCUUCUGAACACUUGGGGCACAGACCAAAGCCAGUAGACACCCCCAUGAUGAGAACUGAUCACUGGUGUGUUAUAUGGAGGACACGGUGUAGUUUAGAAUUCGUCUCCUAUUUCAGUCCACACACACAUUAUUUCCAUCCAGGAACCUGGGUUGAUCAGUUGACACAAUGUAAUGCAGUUAUUGGAUGUAGAAGACAAAAAUAAAAUGUACAGUACCAAAAAGGGAAAAACGUUCAUUUCUUGUGCUCUGCCAAAUUGUUCUUGACAGUAUCUUUGUCCAAAGUCUUACAAAGAUCUGUAGGGUAUAAGUGGUCAUGUAAUCAUGUUAACAAAAGGAAAGAUUUUGCUGAGCAACAUUUUGAUCAGAAUUUUUACUUAAUUUUAGAACUCUUCUAUAGAGGCAGCUCUUCCAUUUAAAUUUAUUAGAAAUUAAGCCAAUUAAAAGUAUAAUUGGUAUGUUUUAAUGGAGCUGAAAUGCAUAUUAUUCAGUAUUAGCAUACCCAUAUGUUUUAAAACUAUAGAUCUACUACUGAUCAUAAUUAACGAGACCGGUCCUGACUAAAUCUUCAACACCUGUUUAUACUGAACAGUUCAAAGUGGAUGUUACUUGCAGUGAACACUGUCAGAUACAUGCUGACAGAUUUUUUUUUCUUAAAAUGUACUAAUAUCUCACUAUAAGUCCACUAUGUAAUCCAUUUAAUGAGGAUAGGAUAGGAUGAUAGGAUGAUAGGAUCAUCAGUAAAAUUGUUUUAGCAUUCUUAUAUCAAAUGGAUGUAUCCAAGUCUCACACUCUGAAGGGGGAAUAUCCUACUAAAUACAGCAUACAGCUAGGUUCAUAAUGGAUGGAAAAUCGGUAUAUAACAGAUUCUAUUAGUAGUAGACUACAAAAUGCUUUGGGUUAGGAUACUGUCUUGAAGGUUCUCACAAGCUGUGUUGACUUAGUGAUUAACCCAUUUAACAUUUUCAUUGGCGUGCUUUGUGACACCGAGAUGUAACCAUGGUCUUCCAUUUGUAACCUAAAGUAGUAAUAACAGAAGUUAAAACUUGUACAGUAAGUGUUAAUUACCACACGAGUUGAUCGCUGAUCUCCCUCAUGAUGUACAAAGGGCUUCAUGCUUUUUAUCACUGUGAUUGUGUGCUGACGAUCCUCUCAUUCAUAUCAACGCAACAAAUGGCAAUAAAACUAACUCCAUGGAAAAA